GGUAGUGGUCGUGGUUAGUUGCUGCUAGAAGACGCAAGUGCUUCCUCCAGAGCUUCCCCGCGGCCGGGGCUUACAGAAAAAAAAAAGAUAAAAUAUAUAGACUUAUUUAUCCGUCAAGCUCACCGUGGGCGACUCUUUUCUGCUUUUGCAUGAUAAUUCCACAAACCAGUCUGAAAGACGAGCCUAAUCUCCUCUGAACAUAAUAGGGACACGAAAUUACAAUGCCAUCCCCAAUGGAGGGAUCUUCCAGAGAAGGUGACCUGUUUACUGUGAAACAUGAGCUGAAACAUGCCAACUUGACAGGCCAUAUUGAGAGGGUUGGUAUCGAAAACUUCGAGCUACUAAAGGUGCUGGGCACAGGAGCAUACGGGAAGGUGUUCUUGGUUAGAAAAGUGAGCGGCCACGAUGCCGGGAAGCUGUACGCCAUGAAGGUUUUAAAGAAAGCCACCAUUGUGCAGAAAGCAAAGACGGCUGAACACACACGAACGGAGCGGCAAGUGCUGGAGCACAUCCGCCAGUCUCCCUUCCUCGUCACGCUCCACUAUGCCUUUCAGACUGACACCAAGCUGCACCUCAUUCUUGAUUAUGUAAACGGGGGGGAACUUUUCACACACUUGGUGCAAAGGGUGCGAUUUAAGGAGCAAGAAGUAGCCUUGUACAGCGGGGAAAUUGUCCUGGCGCUAGAGCAUCUACAUAAGCUGGGUAUUGUCUAUCGGGAUCUAAAGCUGGAGAAUAUUCUACUGGAUUCAAAUGGUCACAUUGUUCUCACAGAUUUUGGCCUCAGUAAGGAAUUUGAUCAGGUUGAGAGGGCUUUCUCUGUCUGCGGCACUAUUGAAUACAUGGCUCCAGAGAUAGUUGAAGGGGGAGAUUCUGGACAUGACAAGGCAGUGGACUGGUGGAGCCUCGGUGUAUUGAUGUACGAGCUUCUGACGGGUGGAUCGCCCUUCACUGUUGAUGGAGAGGAAAAUUCCCACUCGGAUAUUGCCAAGAGGAUUUGCAAAAAGGACCCUCCUUUCCCCAAAGACAUUGGACCGCUGGCCAAAGACCUCAUUCAGCGACUCCUCGUCAAAGACCCACAGAAGAGAUUAGGGUCCGGUCCAAAUGGAGCAGACAAUGUGAAGAAACAUCCGUUUUACCAGAAAAUAAUCUGGGAGGACUUGGCAGCAAAGAAGGUACCCGCGCCGUUUAAGCCAGUGAUUCGAGAUGAGCUCGAUGUCAGUAAUUUUGCAGAAGAGUUCACAGAAAUGGACCCGACUUACUCCCCUGCAGCUCUGCCUCAGAACUGUGACCGCAUUUUCCAGGGUUAUUCUUUCAUGGCCCCCUCCAUCCUGUUCAAGAGGAAUGUGGUGAUGGACGACCCCAUCCAGCUGUGUGGGGGCUCUGAGAGGCCAGGCUCUGCCGCCGUGGCCCGCAGCGCCAUGAUGAAGGACUCCCCUUUUUACAUGAAUUAUGAGAUGGACCUGCAGGACAGCGCUCUCGGAGAGGGAAGCUUCUCUAUCUGUCGCCGCUGCACACACAAAAAGACUGGACAACAGUAUGCAGUCAAGAUAGUCAGCAAAAGGAUGGAGGCGCAGACUCAAAGGGAAAUAGCAGCAUUGAAGCUCUGUGACGGACAUCCAAACAUCGUGAAGUUACAUGAAAUUUACCACGAUCAGCUCCACACAUUCCUUGUUCUGGAACUACUCGGUGGGGGAGAGUUGCUGGAGAGAAUCCGAAGGAAGCAACACUUCAGCGAAACCGAGGCCAGCCGCAUCAUGCGCAAACUGGUGUCCGCUGUCAGUCACAUGCAUGAUGUAGGAGUGGUGCACAGGGACCUUAAACCAGAGAACCUGCUCUUCACGGACGAGAGUGAGAACUCAGAGAUAAAAAUCAUAGACUUUGGCUUUGCUCGUCUGAAACCGCCAGACAAUCAGCUGCUGAAGACUCCCUGCUUCACCCUGCAGUACGCUGCCCCAGAGAUCCUCAAAUAUAACGGCUAUGAUGAGUCCUGUGACCUCUGGAGUCUGGGGGUCAUUCUGUACACCAUGCUGUCUGGGCAGGUUCCUUUUCAGUGUCAGGAGAAGAGCCUGAUCCAUACGAGUGCUGAGGAGAUCAUGCACAAAAUCAAACAAGGAGAUUUCUCUUUUGGAGGUGAGGCCUGGAGAAAUGUAUCCCAGCAGGCUAAAGACCUGAUACAAGAGCUCCUGACCGUGGAUCCAGACAAGAGGAUUAAGAUGUGCGGCCUGCGCUACAACGCCUGGCUCCAGGACGACAGCCAGCUGUCCUCCAACCCACUCAUGACCCCAGACAUUCUGGGCUCCUCCACUGCCACCGUUCACACUUGCGUCAAAGCCACCUUUAAUGCAUUUAACAAAUGUAAACGAGAAGGUUUCCGCCUACAAACGGUGGACAAGGCGCCACUAGCCAAGAGGAGGAAAAUGAAAAAGACAAGUACCAGCACAGAGACCCGCAGCAGUUCCAGCGAGAGCACCCAUUCCUCUUCCUCCCAGUCUCAAGAGAAGACAUUAACAGAGGGCGAACCCAAUCCACAGCCUUCCAACAGCCCUCCUGUUACCGCGGCAGGGACCGAAGAGACGGACUCUGGAGAACAGACCACACUUUCAGCCUUUCACUUCACAGAAGGACAGUGAGAUAAAUCCACAUUCAGUCUUAUUGAUGGACUGUGGAUCCAACUGAUGACAGCUCUCCUCUUUGUCUUCAUCCCUGGCAAUUUUCUGCCUCCAGCUCUAUUGCAUGGACGCCUGCAUGUCACCAGAAUCGAGCAUGCAGCAGGUGCAGAAGCUUGCACUGUAAGACAAAUCAAUCAAUCAUCUUUAGCAAUAGCCUCUCAUUUCUUUUUCUCUGACUUUCACGCUUCCUCCAUAUCAAUCAGGGACUGAACCAGGCAGAAUUUAUCAUUGUCUUAAGGGCUGCCCCACUGUUUCCAGUCCAGCAAGAUGGAAGGGAGAGACAUCUUUGUACUCAUCAUAAAAGCAGGAGCUCUGUCCUCUCCUCGUUCUCUGUAUUUGUCCACGUCUCUAGGUGAUGUUUUUUUUAAAGGGAAACUCGUAGUAUUUAAACCUUAGUGGCUUUGUAUUUUUUGUCAAACAGAAAGAAGAUGCGUAGUGAAACCUUGGGACAAAUUGCUUCUUUAAGAAGUCUCUGUGAGAUGGAGCUUUUAUUUAUAUGUAAAUUUUAGACUGUAGUGUAUUUAUGAAAGGCUAUAUUGUUAACUUAUUUAUGGUUCCAAAUGAGCCUGAAAGAAAUAUUGGAUGCAGUAAGGCUUUAAAAAUAGUAUCAUGAAAGAAAUAACCCUAAAAAUGUGUGCAUUUAAGGCACCUUGGAAACCAUUUAAGAAAGAACGCCAUCUGUAGUUUUAUCAGUUUGAGAGCUCUGCAGCCCGCUGGGAUGCCACCCUGAGAGCAGAGAUUAUUUAGAGUUGUUGCUCCCUCCUAACAAUGUGUUAGCUCUUCAUAACCUAGCAUGGCUUGCUGUUAAUGUGCUCCUAUCUUCAGAUCAGCAGCAUUUAGCACAAUAGCGGGAUUAAACUUUUGUUGCACUGUGUUGGACGCAAUUGUGUGCUUCCUACUACAGCCAGUUAGAUCUUUGGCCCAAAUGAAAAACCAAGAUCUGCCCAAUAUGAUACGAAGUCGUAACUCCCUCCUACUGAGGACUGAAAUGGGCAGGUUUAAGCGGCCUCCUGUUCAGAAAUGAUUAAACAAAUUAACAGGAAGUUUCAAGAAUCAAGUAAUGUCCACUUUCCAGCUAUGAGUGUAGAGGUGGGGAUUUUUAAGGGUUGUGCUUGAAAAACAAACAAAAAAAGAAAAUCAAGCCGCUUUCUUAAGUAUUUAAAAUCAUUUUCUAUCUGAUUAAGUUUUCAGAUCGCUUCUGGUCUUUGAUGCUUGCUCAAUCGAUCAUGUCCCGUUUCAUGUAUGAAACAAGGAGCUGUGCAGAUCUCUGGUUCGUGCCAAAUUUCAGUGCAGGUUAUAAUGUGAACUGAAAUAUAAAUUUUUCUCCCCUUUUAUUUAUGGCCUCAAAGGCCGAAUCCUACUUGAUCCAGCUUGCAUUUGUUUACUUGCACAUUUAAAGUCCCUGAAUCAAAUUGGGACCUCUUUUUUUCCUGAUUUAUUAUAAACGUACCAAACCCAGUUUUACUGGAGAUGCUUAAGUUAGAGAUGUGUGCUCGACCUACUAUUUCUGUUUUUUUCUGCUGAUGCUGAUUUCUAGCUAACUACAAUUUCUUUAUAAAUAGCUAAAAAAAAAAAAGCAAGAACAGCAGUGAAAAUAUCUCCUUUUUUAGCUUUCUUGUCAUGUGAGAAUAUCAGAGUUUAAAACAAAGCAAAAUGAUAACUGAUUCUAAAUGUUAAACUCUUUUAGCAUGAUCACCAUAAAAAAAACAGGCUCUGGAUGUGUUUCCUAGAAGAUGUAGAACACUGACAUUUCCAUAUUAGAUAAAGGUUGAAAGCUAAGCAAGGUCAAACAGAGUAAUGACUGGUUCUCUGGUCAGCCUUUCUGUUACUUCCUGAAAGUCUUGCUCUCUCUUUGUGUUGCUGCCUGAAUGAACCGUACUGAAUUAAACAGGGUAGGUCUCAAAUAGAGCUUAUUUGGAUUGAAAAGAGAGAGAUCUUUAAUUGUUCCUGCUCAUAAUCCAUGAGUAGAGCUUGAUGUUGAUAGCAGACAUUGAUCUUGGUGGUAAAGACGUGGCACACAUAGGGACACAGAAAAAAGAAGCUGAUUUAAUCACUGAAGAGUCAGACUUCUUUACAUGUGGUGUCUAUUUAAAUCCCCUUUUUCUUUAUCUUCCCAUUUCUGUGCUUCACCACCUUCCUGCUACGGAAAACGGCUAACUUUGAGCGCCCUUCAUUCAGUAAUUGCAUUCACACCAAAGAGUGGUGGUGGUGUUGUCCUGACCUUGUAGCACUCAGUAUGGUGCAUUCACUGAGCGAGAAAAGGUGGAAUUUUUGAGCCUCCCACUGCUCAGUAGACACAAAGCUUAAAAGUUCAACCAAUUGCGUUAACCCUUUGAUAUCUCUGCAUCUUUAUAUUCAUCUUAGCCUAAAUAUAACAAAAUCCCAGUGUUUUAAUCAAUAUAUUUGGCAAUUUUAAUACUAGAUAUUAUGUGUGUCUUUCUGCUAUGAAGUUAAAUGCUGUAUUUUAUUGAUUUAUAUACAGGGUAUAUAAAUUAACUGGCAGUCAAAUGUGAAAUAUUAUCCCUGAGCUUGACUAUUGUGUUUAUUCAAACGCGCUCUCACCAUUGGCCAUUUUUAUGCACUUCGAAUCUGAACCAAAGCAUUAACUUAAAGGUAGCUGCUUUUAAACUGCAUGAAAAAAUAUUUUCUUUCAUGCCUGAAACUAUGCAUCUCUUUUUGCCGCUGCGUUGCUUUUAUCCUUUAAAGAAAAGAUCAGACCGAAUGGGUUUAAACAGAAAAUGGCAUAGCACAAUGUACAUGUACGGUGCUUUUUCAUUUUUCAUCCAAUAGCAUCAACCAUAAAAGAUGAAGCAAAGUGGGGAUCUGUUGCCCUUUAUAAAAAAAAAAAAAAAAAAGCCGGGAUCC